UAAACAAAUGCAAAUAUUGAGUUUGAUUUUAAUCUAUUUAACUAUUAUAUAUGUAAAAUAAAGUCAGCUGGUUAGGAUGUAAUAAAAGAAUAUACAAAAGACAAUGGUAAUGGGUCCUAUCGAAGGAAUGCAAGCUGAUGUUAUAUUUGUUAUUGAGGGAACAGCUGUUAACGGCGCAUACCUUAAUGAUCUUAAAAUUGGUUAUGUUGUACCAACAUUAGAAUAUUUUAAUCAAGGUGUCAUAGAGGAUAGAGAAUAUGUUUCAGAGAACACCACAACAUUGUAUGGAAUAGUAGUUUAUCAUGCUGCUGAUUGCUUGCCAGCACCUUGUACAGAGACUUUUGGACCUUAUUCAAAUCCUCAUAAGCUAUUGAUGAUGUUGGAUAAACUUGAAAUGAUUGGUGGAAAGGGAGAAUCCUAUGCAAAUAUUGGUGAAGGUCUUGCAACAGGAUUACAAUGUUUUGAAGAUUUGCAGCUGAGACGAGAGCCCAAUACAGCAUCUCAAAAACAUUGUAUCUUAAUAUGUAAUUCACCUCCAUAUCAAAUUAUGAUUCAAGAAACUUACAAGUUUGCUGGUCAUACCAUUGAACAACUAGCUGCUAUUUAUCAAGAGAGGAAUAUUAACAUCUCUAUUUUAUCACCAAGGAAAAUACCAGCAUUAUUUAAGUUAUUUGAGAAAGCUGGUGGUGAUUUGCAGUCGUCACAAACUAAAAAUUAUGCCAAAGAUCCGCGACAUUUGGUGCUUCUACGUAAUUACAACUUGAAAGAACGCCCCGUUAGUCCUGUAAUGGGUGGUAACGUUCAUAAUGUAGCGGCUACUGCUGCUCAAAUUCCUCUGAGUCCGUUACAGAGUAACGAUAGCCCAAACACGAACCAGGUGCAGCAAAAUAUCGCUCCGCCGAGCCAAGCGCAAGGUCCUCCCUUCAGAAAUCAAGCACCACAGAAUAUCACUUCUGUACAUCAAGCCGUGACACCGGCUAUGGCAGUUCCAAUGAAUGCUGCACGACCGCCUUACAAUCCACAGAUAGCCGCGCCACCGAAUUAUCACCCGACUGCAUUAGGUCCGAGGACCACGCAUGCUACUAGAUGGAUGCGACCCUUCGUAGCACCUGGUACAACUGCGCCUGCAAAUACGCAAAACAGCAGCGCAUUGAUAGCACAACUAACACAGCCGCCUUCGUUGGGGCUAAACGUUGGGGCUACAUUUGGCCAAAGAUUAGAUGGUAGCAAUAAUGUUAUGGCGCCUAAUCCACAACAGCAACAACAACUUACACAACAGCAACAGUUGCGAUUAACGAUGCAGUUACAGCAGCAAAAUGCCCAGCAACAAGCUGUAAUGUCCAUGGCCGCCCAAUCGACUCACAAUCAGCCAGGGUCACAGCUUACCGUAUCUUCUAUGAGCCAAUCUGUACCCACUCAAGUGCCACAAACUGUUGCGGUUUCGCAAGCACCAAUCUCAGCGUCCUCUGUAACGCAACAGAUUGCUCCACCACAGGCACAAGGAAAUGUAGCCACUGGCACUGUGCAAGGCCAACAAUUGAACGUGCAACGUGAACGUCAGAACAUCUGGCAAGGUGUUCUAGAAUGGUUAGAAAAGGCAAAAAAUCCUGCGGAUACACAAAAACAGACAAGACACGUUCCGUGUCAUGUAUCGGCUAAUUUUAAAAACGGAGAGCCAGAAUUAAAAGCGGAUACAUGGCCACCAAAAUUAAUAAUGCAAUUGAUGCCGAAGCAGUUGAUAGGAAAUAUCGGCGGCUCUUAUAUAAAGAAUUCCAAGUCCGUUAUUUUCCACCCAACACCGUGCGAAGCAUUGGAAUCUUUAACAAAAGUGAUGACCGCCGGGUUUGCUGGUUGCGUCCAUUUUACCUCAGCUUCAUCAAGUUCAGCUUGCGAGAUAAAAGUGCUCAUACUCUUAUACACCGCGGAUAAAAAAUCGUACUUAGGUUUUAUUCCAAAUGAUCAAACGGCUUUUGUCGAACGCCUGCGUAAAGUAAUACAACAGCAGAAAUCAUCUCAUGCCUCUAUGAGGCAAGCACAAGGCAAUCCUGGACCAGGGAAUACAAUUCCAGCACCCAUGCCUACUACAGGUGCGCAGGGAGGUAUUCUUAUGUCCCAAACGAACACUACGGCGAUGGGUGGUGCUCAGAUAACGCAAAGUGUUGUAUCUAGCAGUGCUCCUCAAAUGAAUAUGCAGAACAGCGGUAUUAGUGGACCACAGGCAAACGUUAGUGCUGGAGGUAUAAUAACCCAACAAAGGCCUCAAUUUGAUGAUCUAGAGAUCGCCAGACAUCAAAAUCUAUUAAAAAUUCAACGUCUGAGACAAACAUUAGAGGCUGCUCAACAGCAAGAAGCGCAAUAUAAGUCGCAGUUGGAAGUGAAUAUUCAACAAAAUCUGGAAGUGGCACAGCAACAAGAAAUGCAAUACAAGCAGCAGCUUGAGGCACAACAGGCACAAAGAGGCAUCAAUCCAGCUGCCAUGUCUAACCAACAGGCGAACGCUCAAAGAAUGAUGCGUCCUAUCUCUACCAACAGUAUUGGUCUCAGACACUUAUUACAACAAUCACAACCUCAAUAUAGACAAGUUUUCGGAGUGCAACAACAAAUCCAAGUCGGUCCAAGGGGACAGAUAGCAGCAAGACCAAUGGCACCAGCUAAUACGCAAAAUCAACAGUUCGAAGAUGUACCGAAUUAUGACUUUCUGAAUUGUCAGUGAACAUCUUAAAUUUAAUAUUUUUAACUUUUAAAUAGUCGAUGACGUGAAAAUUAUGCGUAUAGUGGACGUCGGGUCAAUCUCGACCCAUCGUUCCUGGGAAAAUGUCUAUUUUAUCUAAGAAUCAAUUUCUAGAUGUUACAUCUAAAUUUUGUAUCGCUUAUUAAGAUUUCUAAAAAUUAUUUUAUUUAGAAAGAAACGAUAUAUGUAUGUAUUCAUGUACUUAUUAUCGACCUAAAAUAUGGAUUUUGAGAUCUAUGUGAGUUCACUUGAAUCCAGCUAAGAUGUGACGUAUAUAUAGUAUUUUGAUACGUCAUUUUCAAUAGUAUUUUCGUUCGUUUACAUAUAGUUUCUACAACAUCGUUGUAUAUCGACGUAACGCUUUGUACUGAAUUCAAUGACACGCGUUAUUUAAGUAUCUGUACAUAUAAAAUUAUCCGUAUACAAUUUGUUAAGACAUUAAGAAAGCUCUGCAAAUUAUCCUAUACGACGGAUAGAAUGUACAAAAACUGUGCACCAAACUUUUAUAACGACUGCAACCUUUAUUUAUUAUUACUUUGUACAUUAACAUUAUAUAUCAGAGACGAGAAUUAUGAUAUUAAUCUUACAUGCUAUUUUAUACUUUAAGGAAGACAAGACCGUGUCAAACAAUCAAAAGGUGCGUUCAGAGAACACAAUGGUUAUAUAACCGUUAAGUGAUUAUCGCCUUUACUUAAAAUAUUCUUUCAGAUUCAUAAUAGAUCUGAAAGGAUAUUUCGAUAAUAUACUAACUCAACCGAUGUGUUCAUUGAACGUAGCUCAAGUGAUAUUUCUAUGGUACAUCCUUCUUCCGUAAUAACUAUAUACAUUAAUCUAGAAAAACGGAUUUUGAAAGGACGGUUGUAGUUUUUUGGAUAUCGAUUUAUCUGAGAUAAUCUAUAUAAAUAUUUCUUACAUAUCUGUAAAGAGCAAAGAUUAAUAUAGAUAUAAUCUUGGUGAGUCCAGAUCUCUAGAUAUAAUAUCUCUAGAUAUAACGGAUAAGUAAUGCAGAUAAAACCACCUUUGGCAUGAGAAACUGUUUACAUACUUACAGAUCGCGAAUCAAACUCGUCAGAAUUAUAUCUUUCUUAAUCUCUACCAUAUAAAGAAAAAUUUCAUUAUUCUUGCUCUAAUAUUAUUUUUCCAUUUAAUUAUAAGAUUUAUUAUACGAUCUUUAUACGCGUGCCCACCAUUAUUCUAGAACAUUGUAUGUUCAAAUAUUUAUAGACUUGGAACUAUAAGCUCUUUUUUACAACAUAUGAAUAUACAACAUAAUGAAUUUGA